AUGCUGUGGAGAAUAACUAUCCCAGUCAUACUGGCUGGCGUGCUCUGCAUCACCGCCGAGACCAAGAAGCUUCGGCCCCAGGGAUCCAUCCCGUCCCCGCACAAGACCAAAGGGAACCUGUCCUCAGAGCGAUACCACCGGCUCCUGCAGCAGAAACCAGAGGUGUUAUCCUCCAGCAGAGAAGCCCUGGUGGUGACAGAGCGCCGCUACCUCCGCAGAGACUGGUGCAAAACCCAACCGCUCCGCCAGACAGUGAGCGAGGAGGGCUGCCGCAGUCGCACUGUGGUCAACCGCUUUUGCUACGGCCAGUGCAACUCCUUCUAUAUCCCCCGUCACAUGGGCCCGAGCUCCGGUCAGGGCCAGGGCCGAGGCCAGGCCUCAGGGUCUGGAAGGAAAAACCACAACAAGGCCCAGGAGCCGUUCCAGUCCUGCUCCUUCUGCCGGCCGCACCGCAUCACGCAGCUCACGGUGCAGCUGGACUGUCCGGACCUGCAGCCGCCGUUCAGGCACCGCAAGGUGCAGCGGGUCAAACAGUGUCGCUGCAUGUCUGUGGAAGUGAGCAGCCAUGGGAAACUGUGA